AUGCUGGAGGGAGGAAUCAUCCGAGAAAGCAGUAGUCCUUGGGCUGCGCCCAUCGUUCUGGUGCAGAAGAAGACGGGAGCCUGGAGGUUUUGCGUCGACUAUCGCAAACUUAACAGUGUAACGAAGAAAGAUGCAUUCCCGUUGCCACGGAUUGAAGACUCACUCACCAGUCUUACCCAAGCGGCAUGGUACUCGACAUUGGACCUGGCAAGUGGAUACUGGCAGGUGCAGGUGGAUGACCGAGAUAGGGAGAAGACAGCUUUCACCACCCCGUUUGGGUUAUUUGAAUGGGACCGUAUGCCGUUCGGUCUGUGCAACGCUCCUGCGACUUUCCAACGCCUGAUGCAGCGCUGCCUAGGAGGACAAUUAGUCGACUCAACGCUGGUCUACCUAGACGAUGUGAUCGUCUUCUCCCCUGAUUUCCACACUCACCUGCAUCAUCUGGAAGGAGUUUUCAGGGCCAUGGAGAAAUAUGGGCUGAAGCUUAGGCCGGAAAAAUGCCAGUUACUGCGGAAAGAGGUGCAGUUCUUGGGACAUCGUGUCAGUGCUGUAGGGAUCUCCCCUGACCCAGAGAAGGUGGCGGCGGUCCAAGGAUGGGAGCCACCCCGGACAGUAAGACAGGUGCGGUCGUUCCUGGGCUUUGUGGGAUAUUAUCGUCGCUUUAUAAAGGGAUUCUCUGGGCUUGCUAAGCCACUGAACCAACUCUUGGCUGGCACUGGACGUGCCCGUGGUAAAGGCUCCCCCUCAGUACACUGGGAUUCCACCUGUGAGACCGCUUUCCAGAACCUUAAACAGGAACUCCUGAAGGCCCCAAUCUUAGCCUAUGCAGAUUUCACCCAGCCGUUUCUCCUGUACACUGACGCCAGCAAUGCAGGAUUGGGGGCCGUGCUGGCCCAAGAGCAUCAAGGAGUGGAGAGAGUGAUAGCUUACGCAAGUCGAAGUUUACAUCCCGCCGAACGAAACGCUGCAAACUAUAGCUCCUUUAAAAUCGAACUACUGGCGAUGAAGUGGGCCAUGACGGAGAAGUUUAAAGACUACUUGUGGGGAGCCAAGGUAACGGUGAUUACAGACAACAAUCCCUUAGUACACUUGCAAUCCGCUAAAUUGGGGGCAGUGGAGCAGCGCUGGGUGGCACAGCUAGCAAAUUAUGAUUACCAGCUAAAAUACCGUCCCGGCAGAGAGCACGUAAAUGCAGAUGCCCUGUCCAGACUCCCAGCCACCCAGAGAGACGAUCAAGCACCCCUCGGUGCCCUUGGUACCGAAGAUGAGCUGCUGGUGGCCGUGGUGGAAGCUCCCGGGGCCCCGGAGUCUGUUCCAUCUAGUUGGGGGUGGGACCCCGGACGGUGGAGAGAGCUGCAGCAGAGAGAUGCAGAUUUGGGUCAGCUCCUGUUGUACCUCCGACAGGGAAACAUGCCGAGGGCAGAGGAAAGACGGUCUCAGACGGUGGGGGUACGACAGCUUCUGAGACAGUGGAAGAGGCUGCAACUCCGAGAAGGAGUAAUUUGUCGUUCAAGGCGGGAUCCCCGCACACAGGAGACUGUACACCAAGUUGUUGUACCAGAGGGCCAAGUUUCGGAGCUGUUGAAUGCCUAUCACACCCAUACUGGCCAUCAGGGCCAAGAGAGGACACUGUCCCUGCUGAGGAGGUAUUUCCACUGGCCUAGGAUGGAAAAGAAAGUUGAGGAAUUUGUUCAGAGCUGCCCACGGUGUACCUUGUUCAAACGCAGGAAGGAGGUCCGAGCCCCAUUGGUCCCCCUGCGACCGAAAGCACCUCUGCAUAUCGUAGGGAUAGAUUUCCUGACUCUGGGUCGACCAACAGACCGAUUCCAGAAUAUUCUGGUCAUGACGGACCUAUUUACUAAAUAUGCCUGGGCCGUCCCCACCGUCGAUCAAACGGCAGUUACCACAGCCAACGCCCUUUGGAGAGCAGUGAUACAACCUUUUGGCUGCCCAGAAACCCUACACUCGGACCAAGGUUCAAAUUUCGAGUCCCGGGUCAUCCAAGAGCUGAGCUGCCUCUAUGGGUGCCGAAAGACCCAUACGACUUCAUACCACCCUCAGGGUAACGGAGGGUGCGAAAGAUUCAACCAGACCUUGCUGGGGUUGCUGGGGACCCUAGAGAGUGAACAACAGGGCCAAUGGGCCGAGAGUCUUCCCUCGCUGUUACAAGCAUACAACAACAGUGUGCACAGUGUCACCGGUUAUGCUCCUUCCUACCUUAUGUUUGGGCGCCACCUCCGCUUGCCUGUGGACUUGCUCAUGGGGACCGAGGCUGCAGAAAGAGGGUAUAGUACCACUGACUGGGUAAAUCGGCACCACCACCAACUGCUCAAUGCCUACCGACGAGUCUCAGACCAUCUGAGUGCAGCAGCCGCCAAGAAUAAGAGACUAUAUGACCGGACUGCCCGAGAGGCCCCUUUGUUACCUGGGGAGCGAGUGCUAGUAUGGGACAACCGGCGCCCAGGGAAAGGGAAGCUCAGUGCCCGCUGGGAGUCGACGCCAUAUGUGGUGGAACAACGACAAGGGCCUGAUGCCCCCGUCUACUCUGUACGGCCCGAAGGGAAGCCCGGACCAAUACGGGUGCUCCAUCGAAACCUGCUCCGUUCCUGUCCGAAUUACCAGCAACUAGCAGCUGAGGCUCCAAGUGCACCACCUGCCUUAGAGGCACCUAUGAUAGGGUGGGCUGUGGUCCCGAGGGACCCUGAGGUUGAAGCCAGAGCGGCUCUGCCCUCGCCACCCCGACGAUCUCAACGGAACACCCGAGGACAACCACCUGAGAGAUGUUUGAGUCAGUUUGUGUUUCUGUGUUUCUUCUCAGGUUUACCCACAUCUACAGUGACUGUGACACCAGCCGGUCCUGUAUUCACUGGAGAAACAGUCAAACUGAAGUGUGGGAUAAACUCUGAUCACAGUAACUGGAGAUAUGAGUGGUAUAAAGACAGUGUAAUAUUACAGAAGUCUGAUCGUUACACUGUAAACAGAGACACUAUCACUAUCAGAGGAGCUACUGAGUCUGAUCAGGGUCAGUACUGGUGUAAAGGACAGAGAGAUGGAAGACCAAACUCAUCAACAUCAAGAUCUGCUGUUUCUCUCUCUGUGAAGGGAAAACCUGUAGUGAAGGUGAAGCCAGAUCAGCCUGUGUUCAGAGGAGAGAGAGUCACUCUCACAUGUGUCAUACAGGGAGGAGGAAACAUUCAGUGGAGAUACAGCUGGAUUAAAACUUAUGGAAACACUGACUAUCCAUAUACAACAACAACAGCAGCAGAUUACAGUUUCACAGCUGAUGUGUCUCGCAGUGGUAAAUACAGUUGUAGAGGAGAGAGAUCAGACUCACACACAGACUUCAGUGAUGCUGUUACACUGACCGUAUCAGAUUUACCCACAUCUACAGUGACUGUGACACCAGCCGGUCCUGUAUUCACUGGAGAAACAGUCAAUCUGAAGUGUGUGAUAAACUCUGAUCACAGUAACUGGAGAUAUGAGUGGUAUAAAGACAGUGUAAUAUUACAGACGUCUGAUCGUUACACUGUAAACACAGACACUGUCACUAUCAGAGGAGCUACUGGGUCUGAUCAGGGUCAGUACGAGUGUAAAGGACAGAUAUAUGGAAGACCAAACUCAUCAACAUCAAGAUCUGCUGUUUCUCUCUCUGUGAAGGAUCUACAGCCGAAGCCUGAACUCACAUCAGAUCCUGCAGGAGCUGCACUGACUGGAAACACAGUGACUUUGACCUGUCGCAUGAAUCUAACCAGAGACUGGGACAUUUACUGGUACAAACACACACUGAACCCCGAGACAGAGAAGAAGAAAACACACUCCUACAGCCUGAAGAUUGAUUCAGUGUCUGAUGGAGGCCAGUACUGGUGUAGAGCUGGAAGAGGGAAACCAGUCUAUUACACACAAUACAGUGAUGCACUGUGGGUAAAUGUUACAGUGAGUCCUAAAGCUGUGGUGACGGUACGACCUGAUGAACGAGUGUUUAGAGGAGAAACAGUCACUCUCAGAUGUGAUAUAAAGUGGGCAGGAGACACUGAGUGGACAUACAGAUGGGAAAUAGAGGGAACCAACAACUGGGAUAGAAACUCUGCCAGUCGAUGUACAGAACAACACUGCUGCACUGGAGCUGAUAAACAGACACACAGAAAUGCUGUCAGUCGGUGCUCAACACAAGAGUUGAUCAUCAGCAGUGUCGAUCUCUUUCACAGCGGUGAAUACAGUUGUAGAGGAGAGAGAUCAGUCUCACGAUCACGCAUCAGUGAUGCUGUUACACUGACUGUCUCAGCUGAAGCUCAGGCAUCACUGCGAGUGUCUCCACAGCCGUGGCUGACUGAAGGAGAAUCAGUGACUCUGAUCUGUGAGGUUUCAGGCUCCUCUACAGGCUGGACGUUCAGCUGGUUCAGAGAUCAUGAUCAUCUGUCAGACAGCAGCAGAGGAGCUGGAGGAUCUUACACUCUCAGUCCUGCUGCUCUACAGCACACAGGAGUUUAUACGUGCAGAGCAGAGAGAGGACGACCAGCCUAUUACACACACAACAGCAGCUCACACACACUGUGGCUCACUGGAGUUUCUGCUUCAGUGUCUCUGGUCAUCGAUCCCAGCAGAAGUCAACACUUCUCAUCUCAGUCUCUCUCUCUGAGCUGUGUGGAUCAGAGUAACUCUGCUGGAUGGACAGUGAGAAGAUACACAGACACACACACACAAACCUGUGCCAAACAAACAGGAUCUCGAUGUGUAAUCGACUCUCUCAGCACAUCUGACUCUGGAGUGUACUGGUGUGAGUCUGAAUCUGGAGAGAAACGCCGUCCUCGAAACAUCACUGUACACGGUCAGAUUUCUGUCUACAAAAUCCUCAGUUUUCUUCUGGCAGCUUCUCCGUAUCUGUUAGCGACAGUCGUGCUGCUUUUCAAAUGUUACAGAGCGAGAGUGCUGAUGUCCCUCGUUCUCUCUGGACGCACUGAAGAUGAGAUGGGUGAUGAUGCUGAAGGAAAACCUGUAGUGACGGUGACGCCAGAUCAGCCUGUGUUCAGUGGAGAGAGAGUCACUCUCAGAUGUGUCAUACAGGGAGGAGGAAACAUUCAGUGGAGAUACAGAUGGAUUAGAGAUGGAAACACUGGCUAUCCAUAUACAACAACAACAGCAGAUUACCGUUUCACAGCUGAUGCGUCUCGCAGUGGUGAAUACAGUUGUAGAGGAGAGAGAUCAGACUCACACACAGACUUCAGUGAUGCUGUUACACUGACUGUAUCAGAUUUACCCACAUCUACAGUGACUGUGACACCAGCCGGUCCUGUAUUCACUGGAGAAACAGUCAAUCUGAAGUGUGUGAUUAAACCUUAUUACAGUAACUGGAGAUAUGAGUGGUAUAAAGACAGUGUAAAGUUACAGACGUCUGAUCGUUACACUGUAAACAGAGACACUGUCACUAUCAGAGGAGCUACUGAGUCUGAUCAGGGUUGGUACGAGUGUAAAGCACAGAUAUAUGGAAGACCAAACUCAUCAACAUCAAGAUCUGCUGUUUAUCUCUCUGUGAAGGAUCUACAGCCGAAGCCUGAACUCACAUCAGAUCCUGCAGGAGCUGCACUGACUGGAAACACAGUGACUUUGACCUGUCGCAUGAAUCCUUCCACUGGACACUGGGACUCUUACUGGUACAAACACACACUGAACCCCGAGACAGAGAAGACACAAACACACUCCUACAGCCUGAAGAUUGAUUCAGUGUCUGAUGGAGGCCAGUACUGGUGUAGAGCUGGAAGAGGGAAACCAGUCUAUUACACACAAUACAGUGAUGCACUGUGGGUAAAUGUUACAGUGUUUCCUAAAGCUGUGGUGACGGUACGACCUGAUGAACGAGUGUUUAGAGGAAAAACAGUCACUCUCAGAUGUGAUAUAAAGUGGGCAGGAGACACUGAGUGGACAUACAGAUGGGAAAUAGAGGGAACCAACAACUGGGAUAGAAACUCUACCAGUCGAUGUACAGAACAACACUGCUGCACUGGAGCUGAUAAACAGACACACAGAAAUGCUGUCAGUCGGUGCUCAACACAAGAGUUGAUCAUCAGCAGUGUCGAUCUCUUUCACAGCGGUCAAUACAGUUGUAGAGGAGAGAGAUCAGACUCACGAUCACGCAUCAGUGAUGGAGUUACACUGACAGUAUCAGGAGUUUCUGCUUCAGUGUCUCUGGUCAUCGAUCCCAGCAGAAGUCAACACUUCUCAUCUCAGUCUCUCUCUCUGAGCUGUGUGGAUCAGAGUAACUCUGCUGGAUGGACAGUGAGAAGAUACACAGACACACACACACAAACCUGUGCCAAACAAACAGGAUCUGGAUGUGUAAUCGACUCUCUCAGCACAUCUGACUCUGGAGUGUACUGGUGUGAGUCUGAAUCUGGAGAGAAACGCCGUCCUCGAAACAUCACUGUACACGACGGUGAGGUGAUUCUGGAGAGUUCUGUUGAUCCUGUGAUUGAGGGAGAGACUCUGACUCUACACUGUUUACAUCGAUCUACAAACUCCUCGAUCUCCAGCGCUGAUUUCUAUAAAGACGGAUCACUGAUCCAGAAUCAGACGACAGGAGAGAUGAGCAUCACUACUGUCUCAAAGUCACAUGAGGGUUUCUACUCCUGUAAAACAGAGAGAGGACAGUCUCUCCACAGCUGGAUCUCAGUCACUGAAGCCUUUAAUGGUCAGAUUUCUGUCCUCAAAAUCCUCAGUUUUCUUCUGGCAGCUUCUCCGUAUCUGUUAGCGACAGUCGUGCUGCUUUUCAAAUGUUACAGAGCGAGAGUUUCAACUGCUGAAGACCAAAGUCAGUACGCCGUAACAGAGGACGACGGUUUCUGAAAUGAACCUGUUUGCAGGGCCAGCGCCACUGGGGGGCGUGAGUCAACGGGACUCUCCCGCCCCCUCAGAUCACAAUGAAUGUUAACGGGAUUUUACUGAUAAAAUACGUUAUUUAAAAAUCCUGUUUUGCCAAUUACAUUUUCACAUUUCCUUAUUUUUGUGAAUAUUAAGCUAAAUCAUUAAUAUUGCAGUUAACCCUUCCACACAUAUAAACCUGUGAAAACUAUAUAUUUGUCAUAACCUUAAACUGUAAAAGAAAAAAAUGUUGUGUAUGUGUGUUGUUGUGUUUGUUCUUUCAAUAGCUUAAUGAUAUUGUGUGGCAUUGCUUGUUCUAGAUCACUCGUCUGAGUAAUUAGUAAAGAUGCAUAAUGUAAUUGAAUUUUUAUUAUUUGAAAUGUAUCUCUUGAAACAUAUAUUUGUUUGUGUGUGUUCUUUAUAAUAUAGAUGUGUUAAAGAAACUGCAAGAUGCAUUAUCUCCUAUGCAAAUGGGACGUGUGUAAAAGGACAGAAUGUUCUGUUCUUCUCAGAAAUAGAUACGUUUGCUUGCACCAAGAGCAAAACAUGUAUUUAGUUGUAUUUGAAAUGACAUGUGUGUGUUUACGUGUGGGUAUACAUGAGAAGUGUUAGAAUAUAGGGAACUGAGAACUGUGUAUGUGCAAGGGGCCUUAGUCCGAAGAUAAGGAGGGGAGGUGUACAUUUCGGAGGAUGAUCUUUUUAGUAUAAACUGUGUAAGAUGAGAAGAUGUUUGUCUUGUCUGUGUGUGAACUGCCUUUCUAGCAAGAAAUAAAUACACUUAUGGAUUUCCA